AUGGUCAACUACAGACGGGUUUUGUCGCUCCUCAGCGUGUUAGUGGCGGUUGUAAACGCAGCGCCUACACCUGACUGCACGCAGAACCAUUACGAUCAAAGACAGAAUGGUUCAGAGAAUUACAGACUCAACAUCGAUGGCGUCGUCGUUGCUGUCGCACCUGCUGAGUCCCUGUUGUCUGCUUUUGGAGAUAUAGAUGACCUCAUGGACCUUCUGGCAAUAGAAGACUACAACGGAGAUUAUAAACCAAAACCACCUACGGAAUCGUCCUCGUCGUCGUGGACAUCUACGGAAAACGAGAAGCCGAAGCCGCAAGAGAAGCCUGUCGAAAAUAAGCCCGCAGAAGAGAAGCCCGCACAAGAAAAGCCCGCAGAAGAGAAGCCUUUGAAAGAAAAACCGCAAGAGAUAAAACCUGAGGAGCCAAAGCCGGAGGUCCCUGCCAAGCCCGCUGAACUUCCGCCUCUCAGUGAUGUCAGCUUGAAUGAAGACAUGAAGGUCCAGAAGAAAGAAGUUUCGACAAAAAAACAAGAAAAAGCUAAAAGACUGAAAAAUCGCCUAGCAGCCUUCUUGAUGCCACUCUUGAGGAAAACACGCCAUCAAUAA